CUGUUGGGUCUGUGUCCAUAUCGUUGGUUGCUUCCGCACAGGAUUCGACGUGACAACAACAACACCAUCACCAGCACCUAGCGAGGCAUGCCUGAAUUCCAGGGGGACAGAACAGUGCGCCAUGCCGUUAAUUAUUGAACUGGGGAAAUUUUGUCAGCAGCCGAAGAAUCUGUUGUGGAAAAUACGUGUAGUCAAAACAACUGUUUCAAAGAAAGUGAUUGCCUUAUUUUUUGUCGCUGUCAUAUGCGUUGUUCAUUUCUGGCGUCAGCACCCAGUCAGAAGCCAGCACCCAGUCAGAAGCUCGUCCAGGCCGAAGCUAUACGUCACCAGCAAUGGGAGGCUGGGUAAUCAGCUGUUUCAGUACGCUUCGCUGAUUGGACUGGCAAAGACUAACAAUAUGACUCCCGUCAUUCAAGCUGAAAGUGAUUUGUGGAACGUCUUCAAGAUAUGGGGUGAAGCCGGGUAUGAAAGUGAUCUGCCGCAUGCUGUCGUUUUUAGAGACUCUAGGGCGGGUGUCUUCGUCAAGGAACUGACUGCUUUGUCAGAAAGUACCAUAAUUGACAGUUAUGUGCAAUCAUAUAAAUAUUUCGAAAACGUGAAAGUUGAAAUUUCCAAGCAGCAUCUUGCCUUCAAGGAUAAUAUUCAGCGAAGUGCCACGGAUUAUAUUGCACGGGUACUUCAAGAGAAAGGGAGGCCACUCGCCAAAGUUGUCGGCGUACAUAUCCGACGAACUGACUUCUCGCAAAGGACUAGGGUGGGAUAUUCCGCAGCCUCGCGGCCAUAUCUGUACAGGGCUAUGAAUUAUUUCCAGCGAAAAUACGACGACGUUGUGUUCAUUGUAGCCAGCGAUGAUAUAGACUGGUGCCGGGAGAAGACUGUAGGCCCAUACAACAUUCAUUUCUCCCAGACCCAAAGUAGCACCUUAGACAUGGCGGUUCUUGUGAACUGCGAUGACGUCAUAAUAACGACUGGGAGUUUCUCAUGGUGGAUUGGCUACUUGAACAAAGGUCUGACUGUGUAUUACAGAGAUUUCCCCAGGGCAGGAACGUGGUUGGCGUCGCUUUACGCAAAAGAAGAUUACUAUCCACCAGAGUGGAUUCCAUUGUGAUGAAAGGAAAAAGCCAAAAACAUUAGGCCCUACAGGGCAAAAUAUUAAAGCAUUU